UCUUUUAUCUAUAGAUAAUUAAAGAGGAUCAAAAUUUAAUAUUGACAAAUAUACUCGUAUCAAUUAAAUUAGGGAUUUAUUUCAAAAUAAAGGGAGUAAUCCCUAGGGAGUAAUCCCUAUCUGAGGUUUGCCACCGUAAAACUUGUUGUAAUUUCACCAAACACUCUCUUUCCCUCUUCAAUAGUUCACUUUUCUCACUCUCCUACCUCUGAGUUUACACAAACACUUUUUCAGUGAACUGCCCCAAAAAUAUCGUCCGAUCAAACCCAGAUUAUAAUCCUUCACUUCCCCCUCCCACUUAACCUUCCUUUCCCCAGAAUUGAAAAAGAAGAAGAAGAUACUGCCAUGGACACCAAUGCUACGGCUCUGCCCAAGGAUACCACCAAUAAUUCCCAGAACGGCCUGCAGGUAUGCAUGCCUAGACAACGAGAUCGAGACAUUUCUACUCGUGGCCGGCGUCAGGCUUUCCGAGAGGACACUCCCACGGUUUUUGAGGGUAUAGAUGAUGCCUUGGAGACUGAGCCUCGCCCCUCUACGAGUAGGGGUAGAUGGACUCCACCUCCGUGGACACCAGAUGAGUUGGUUUUCUGUCGUGAGAACCAUAUUUCUCACCGUCCACUUACCAGCAUAGUCGAUGGCGUGCUUCGCCAUCAUGGAUCAGGAGCUGGAGAUUUGAUUCCCCGGCUAUACAGGAUCAUCAAAGGGGAUCUUAUUACCAACGCCUCGUGGAGUCUGCUGGUUUGGGAGAUUUCUAUCCAGCGGUUGUGGGAUUUCGCAGCCCUCGAGGUUGUGGUUCGACAAUUGUUCGAGCGCUGUUGGAGUAUUUUUGGGAUACUACCAACACUUUUCACUUUGCCUGGGGAAAGAUGACGAUGACUCCUCUAGACUUCAGUAUGAUCAGCGGCUUGCGCUUUACCGAGCGGCGUGUACUACAGAUUCCUGACCUGACUUGGGGGGCGAGCGAGGCAGCGGAGUUAUUAGGUCCUGUCGUUCAGCAUAUCAGGACUCGACCAGUGUCUCGAGGUGGUCAUAGGAGUGGACGAUCAGAGUUGGCUUCUGUUCUUGCCCAUGGUUUUGACAUAGCUGAGACGACACCUGAGCAACGAGUACGGAUCUUUAUCUUGAUCCUUAUUUCCGGGACUCUUUCUCAUGAUAGGAGUUCUCGUGCGCUUAUUUGCUACCUGCCGUCUCUGGUCAGGAUUGGUGAAAUAGGAUCCUACAGUUGGGCUAGUAUUGGAUAUGCUGAUCUACUCUCGUCGAUGCGUCAUGGCUGCAGGCAGCUGAACAAUCAGUCCCCUGUUGUUGUCUAUGGUUUGUGGAGAGUCGUAGAGUUGUGGUUUUAUGAGUACUUUCCGGGAUUGGCCCCUCGACGGCGUCGCGGAGCGGUCCAUGAUUUCCCUGUCGGAGCUAGCUGGCGUGACCGAGGUGAGUCACGAGUGGAGUCUGUAUCGAGUUUGCGCGGGCUGCUGCGUCGGGGCACCUCUACUGUUGGUGUUGCUGUCGAGAUCCAGUAUCGGCCUUGGGAUGGCAUGACAAACCUUCCCGAGGCUUUGGAGCUUUCGGCGUGUCGUACUGUUUUCUUUGGUACAACACGCUUUGUUUGGUACCUUGGAGAGCGUGUUGUUCGUCAGCACAGCGCUAAUCACUUUGUAGUGUCAUUGCCUCCACCGGAGUCGAUGUUAGACUCACGCUUGCUGGGUGAGCUGCUGGACCGGGGGGAGCGCUAUAUGUUUCCUUGGCAGGAGCUCGUGCGUAUGGAGAGCGAUUAUUCCCAGGAGUUGCUUCCUUCGUUGGCCCCUCCCCCCCGUCUUCCCGAGACUACUGCUCGUCGUAGGGGGAAGGUCGAGCUCCCUCCUCAGUCUGUUCGUUACCCGGGACUGAUUGGUAUGAUUGAGGAGCAUAUUGCUGAUGCACCAGAGGGUUUCAGACAGGCGCAGGAGUCCAUGCCCGAUGAGUUCGAGCCGGUAAGCUUUUUGACAUGUCUUUCAAUCUUCUUAAUACUGCUUGUUACUGUUUUUUUUUUGUUUCAGCUCACGCACUCGGAUAUGAUGGGUUUUAUGAAGUUGAUUGAUGAUUUGAAGCACUUUAUCAUCAAGCUACGAUGUGGUGCGAGUUGUCAGAGUGGCUCCGACGAUGCUAAUGAGGUAUAUUCAUCUGUUUUCUCAUGUUUACCUUUUCUUGUAUCAGUGAUAUCUUUUCAUUUUGUGUCUUUCAGGAGCGACAGAGGUCUCGCUCGCGCUCGAGGCAUAGAGGCUCGGACGAGGGGGAGCCUAGUCACCGCAAACGAUCCCCGGAGGUUCGUCGACAUUCUCGGACACAGCGGCAGCAGCCUUCUCAGACAUUUCAGGGGUUUCAAACUCGGUGGCCACAGUCUCAGUUUUCUCAGCCAUUUUAGGAGACUCAGUGGCAGCAGACUCGGCCCUCUCAGCCGUUUCAGGAGACUUAGUGGCAACAGUCUCGGCAUUCUCAGCCUUCGCAGCUUGAGUAUAGGCCGGUCAUUACUCCUACUGACUAGGGUUUAUUUUCAGUUCCAUUGUUUGGGAUGAUGCCUCCUCGGACGAUUCCUGCAUCUUGGAGUCAGCUUACGUAGUUUACUAGGUGGACAGUACCCGCUUCUUCUGUUGGAGCUGUUGGUACUAGUAGAAGGGACACUACUCCUCGCACUCGGAUGAUGGAGAGUCUUUUUGGUCUGUCAUUCCCUUACUCGCGACCUCAAGAUGACAGUGAUCCCAGCUCUGGAUCUGAGUAGUAUUGACCGAGGGUUUUUAUUAUGUACCCCGUUGAUCACACUUCACAUCAUUUAUAAACCAUGACUCACUUUGUAUAUUUUAUUCACACUUUACGUAUUUGUCAUUAUUUACUCAAUUAGUGUGCAUGUUAGUGUGUGCUUGA